CCCUCAUCUCAGCCUCAUCAAUCCAUCCAGCUAAGUGCUUUACUACUUUUUCCUUCCUUUUUUUAAGAGACGAGGUCUCUCUAUGUCACUCAAUGUAGAGUGCAGUGGCGUGAUCAUUGCUCACUGCAGCUUCCAAGUGCUGGACUCAAGCGAUCUUUUUGCCUCAGCCCGGUAAAUUCUAGUAACGGUUCUAAUUCUCGCAAUGGCUCUAUGAAACAGGUGCUAUUAUUGUCUCAUUUUAGGGCUAGAAAAUGGAGGCUGGGUGGUUCAGGACAGGGCAGAAGUGGUUUUCAAAGGGCCUGGGAAUCCUGUCACCACACAUCCAGUGCCUUCUUCGCUUAAAGUGCGACAUAGGCGCUGUGGUUGGAAGUUCUCCGAUUAAGGCCACCUAGGCUUCAGUCCCCAGUCUGAUGGGGCCCAGGCGCCUCCUGGUGACAGCUGUGCUGCUACUGGCCUGGGCGGCGCCGCGAGAAGCUUCCGAGUACUGUGGCCGCCUUGAGUACUGGAACCCAGACAACAAGUGCUGCAGCAAGUGCCUGCAGCGCUUCGGGCCGCCCCCCUGCGCAGACUACGAGUUCGUGGAAAACUGCGGGUUCAAUGAUUACGGCGAUCUCCUAACAUACCCGUUCAAAGAGUGUUCUCCCGGGAAGUGCAACCCCUACGGCGCGGAACUGUGUAGCCCCUGCGGCGGCGGAGCCACGGCUCCUACCACCACCUUGAGCCGGGGAAGAAGCCUGUGGCGCUGCGGAGAGAAGCCAGUCCCUACAAAGGGGCGCUGCACAUUGACAUCUGGAAAACCAAGUGCCUCCAGCUUUGAGGAGACCAGCUCACCAGCGAGUUCCAGUACCUUCUGGACACCCGAGGCCAACGUCUCUCAGCAGGCCAGGCCGAGUUGUGUCCUGGCCUUGGCGUUGGUCCCACUCCUGAUCUCUACAGUGAUAGUGAUCCUCCUGCUGGCUGUGCGGAGGAACCUCUCCUGGCCCAAGAGAAGGGUCCCCUUUCCUCCUCCUGGCUUGGUUUGCGGAAGCCCCAACACCCACACCUCACACUCUUCCCCAGGCUCCAUGAAGGCGUUGGAGACAGAGAAGGCAUGGAAGGGGGUCUCUCUGCUUCCACUCCUGAGUAAGGAACUGCCUAAUCUGGCGUCACAGCCUCUGUCUCGGCUCCUGGAUGAGCUAGAGGUGCUGGAGGAACUGAUUGUAUUGCUGGACCCUGAGCCUGGCCCAGGUGGAGGCAUGUCCUGUGGCACUACUCGACACCUGGCUGCAAGAUACGGGAUGCCUGCUACCUGGUCCACCUUCACUUACUCUUUACGGCCAAGUCGUUCACCGCUGCAGGCUCUGAUUGAGCUGGUGGUGGCAAGGGAGCCUUCUGCCACUCUGGGCCAGCUUGGGGCACACCUAGCCCAGAUAGGGCGGGAAGAUGCACUGCAGGUGUUGUCCAAGCUUGGCUGAGCUGUGGUUUGCUAAGCCUAGUACUCAAAAUAAUAAUAUUAUUUCUUUCAAAAUAAAUGCCUUCUUUCUUGGGGCCUUGGAUUUUUUUUUUUUUUUUGGGGGCCAGGGUCUCACUCUAUAACCUAGGCUGGAGUACAGUAGCAUAAUCAUAGCUCACUGUAACCUGGAACUCCUGGGCUCAAGCAAGCCUCCCACCUCAGCUUCCCAAGUAGUUGUGGCUACAGGCGUGCACCACUGCACCCAGCUAAUUUUUAAUUUUUUUUGUAAAGAUGGGGUCUAUAGACUAUGUUGUCCAGGCUGGUCUCCAACUCCUUGCCUCAAGCAAUCCUCCCAAUCUUGGCCCCAAAGUUGAAGGAUUACAGGUGUUAAGCCACUACCCAGCCAAAUAUAAUCUUAAUUAGA